AUGAAUUCUUUAAAGUUUAAAGGCAAAAGAUAGGAUAGUACUCCUUGUGUGUAUAUGUAUAUAUAUAUAUGUUUGAUUCUUGUUCAGUAAAUCACACUCACCUCACAAACUGUUUCACUUCAUUUCUGUCUUGUUUGUGUUCUAUCAUUUGCCUGUGUGAGACUCAUAGCCAAGGCAAGCAAAAAAGAAACAAUAAUGCAGGCGAAGAAGCCAAAAGUGGUGAUAAUUGGAGCAGGAAUGGCUGGGCUGACAGCUGCAAACAAGCUGUACAGAGGUGCAGGGUCAAGGGGGGUGAUAGAGGUGUGUGUGGUGGAAGGAGGGAAGAGGAUUGGUGGGAGGAUUAACACCUCAGAGUUUGGGGGUGACAGGAUUGAGAUGGGUGCAACUUGGAUCCAUGGAAUUGGUGGGAGCCCAGUUCACAGAAUUGCUCAAGAAAUCAACUCCCUGGAGUCUGAGCAGCCAUGGGAGUGUAUGGAUGGUUUCUUGGAGGAACCAGUGACCAUGGCAGAAGGUGGAUAUCCCCUCAACUCAUCUCUUGUUUCCCCAAUCUCCAAUCUUUUCAAGAAACUCAUGGAUUUUGCUCAGGGGGGUUCUUGUUCUUCAAAUGGCUGCAGCAGCAGGGAUAGUGGUGGCACUGGAAGUCUCAGUGUGGGGUCUUUUCUUCGAAAGGGGCUCGACGAAUAUUGGGAAUCAAUGAAGGAGAGGGAGGAGGUGGAAGGGUUUGGUGGUUUUUGGUGUAGGAAAUCACUUGAGGAAGCCAUUUUUGCCAUGUUUGAGAACACUCAAAGGACUUAUACCUCAGCUGGAGAGCUGCAGACUCUUGACUAUGGUGCAGAAAGCGAAUACCGAAUGUUUCCAGGGGAGGAGAUCACCAUUGCCAAGGGGUAUUUGAGCAUAAUUGAGGCCUUGGCAUCUGUAUUGCCUCCUGGUUUGAUCCAAUUAGGCAGGAAAGUGGUAAGAAUUGAAUGGCAUUCAUUAUCUUCUUCUGCAGAAAAUGGGAAUAACAAUGGUGCCAUUAGGCCAGUGAAGCUGCAUUUUAUGGAUGGAUCAAUGAUGGAAGCUGAUCAUGUGAUCCUCACAGUCUCACUGGGGGUUUUGAAACAAGGAAUCAAACAAGAAUCUUGUCUGUUUGAUCCCCCACUCCCCAGUUUCAAGAAUGAAGCCAUUUCCAGGCUUGGUUUUGGUGUUGUCAACAAGCUGUUCUUGCAAAUUCACCCUUCCAUCAACCUCCCACACUUACAAAUGGUGUUCCACCAAGCAAAGCACCACCACUCAUCAAGAAUCCCAUGGUGGAUGAGGAGAACUGCUUCUUUAUGCCCAAUCUACACCAAAUCAAGCGUCGCUCUAUCGUGGUUCGCGGGGAAAGAAGCUCUAGAACUUGAGUCUCUAGAUGACCAACAAAUCAUUCAUGGAGUUUCAACCACAAUCUCCAACUUCUUACCCCAUCAAAUUUGCAAUGGGCACACACAGCCUGAGUUUGUCAAGGUUUUGAAGACACAAUGGGGCACUGACCCUCUCUUCUUGGGCUCAUAUAGCUAUGUGGCAGUUGGAUCAAGUGGAGAUGAUUUGGACACCAUGGCUGAGCCACUCCCAGUAAACAAAGGUACCCAUUAUCAUGGCAAUUCUAGUCCUUCAUCUUCAUCUUCCCCCCCUCUCCAAAUCCUAUUUGCAGGGGAAGCAACACACAGAACCCAUUACUCAACAACCCAUGGAGCUUACUUUAGUGGCCUCAGAGAAGCCAAUAGGCUCCUGCAACACUACCACUGUACUGAACUAUGAAGAACAAGAAGAAGAAGAAGAAGAAGAGCUUAGCUUGCUGUUAUUGUAUUAUUAUGACAAAAAUUAGGCUCAUUUUUUUAUUUUUGUGAUCAGUAUUAAUUAUUUUCUCUACAUUCAUCUUGUUAGCUCUCUCUCUCUUUCUCUGUGAGAGAGGAAAUGAAGGUGGGAUUAAAGCAGCUGUCUUGGAAAAACCAGGAAACAUCAUUAACCUUGAUGUCUUUACUUCCUUGGAGCCACAAAAAAGAAGAAGCUUCUUUGACAAUGCAAAAAACUGUGAUUUUUAGCUU